ACACAAGGGACAAAAAUGUUUCAAAAAAAAAUUAACAACUCUGCUUUAUCUGUACAUUUCAGUUUAUUAUAAAAUGAUUAAUUUACUUUUUUUUUGGAAAAAUUACUGUUUUUUGACAUUUAUGGCUGAAGCGCCUCUAGUGCAGUGAUGCUUGUCCCUAGAUUGUAGCGUCAAAAUUCUCUAGAAUUCCCUAAACAAAACUAACCUAAAAGUUUGUGUUAAGUUCUCGUCCUUUAAAUGCAUUUAAUUUGUGACUAAGUUAAGUAUGGACGGUCCUUCCCCUUCGAAUGCCACACUCGAUGAUGACGAAAUCGUAAAAGAGAUACCAAUUUUCAACUCGACGCGUCUCCAAAACAACCUCUACUUGUUGCGUUACCCCCUUUUGUCGAAAAAAUGCACAAACGAGUUGAGGAUCAAACGUGGUUUUUUCAAACCAAACAACCAGGAGGUCGAAUUGGAGAUGGCAAUUGAUGUGGAAUCGUCGAAUUUCGAUAGUGAUAGGGCCGAGCUGAUCGCUCAGGAAGUCGAUGGGGCGCCUGAGACUCGCAAAACGACGAAAAUUCAUUUCGAAAAUGACUUAGUAGACAAAGUUAGUUUAAAGUCGGCAAAAGCGGUGAAAGAGCCGAAUAAAUACGCUGCUUUGACUUAUACAGGGAAGGAAAUACAUUUGACAACAUUGCGCAAUAUAUUUCAAUUGAGGCCCUCUUUUAAUUACCUUGAUAAAGGUUCAAAGAAACGGAAAGACACAGAUCAUAAUGAUGUGAGCGAUGAAGAGGAGGCGGGGCCGAGCACCGCCGAGUUGAUCACCGUCAAAUUUAAGCAGAGUGACGACCGGUGGAAGAAAUCCAAAAAUGAUCAAGUUUCUGAAGUGAGAAGUGUGGAUGAAGCUUGGACUAAUUGUGAAGUGCACAUGGAGAACAGUUCAUUGAGUAAAGUUGAAAAAUUGAAAUUAAUUGCGGAAAAUACCGAGCCGACGGGCCAAGCGACGAAUUUACCCGAUUUGGAAUAUGUUCGAGUUUUGGUUCCUGAAGAUGAGGGUCAAGGGACAACUGAACCGUCCUCACCUUCACACAUCAUGUCUUUGCACACUUUGAGGGCAUCCCCGAUUUUAGAGCAGUGCCGGGUUUUGCUCAAAGACGCCCAAAUUAUCCAAUUUCAACAACUAUUGAUGAUUCUAGCAGGGGGUGAAGGUUUAACGGCUGAAACUCUUUUGAAGAACUUGCCCAAAGUGGCUGUCCUAGUCAGGGGUAAUUGGGUGGUGAAAAGUGAAGUGUUGUACCCCAGUAACACUUUUUCUUCGACUAGUGGAGUCCCAGCUGAGCUGAUGUGCCGGACACGGGAUUAUGUGUUGUAUUUAUUUACUAAAAAUCAGUAUGUUGAGCGGAAAAAAGUCUCCUCAGUGAUGAAAAUCCCCUCAGAAGAAGUGAAAGAAAUCUUCAUGGGCUUUUCCAGACUUAGACACAAUAAAGGUUGGGAGUUGGUGCUGACGACUGAUAAUGAUUUUAUAUUAAAACAUAGCGAUAUAGUGCAAAAACAGACCGAGGCUUGGGAACAAAAAUUUAAACAGUUGAGUGAGUUUUUAAAAGAUAAUAAACGGCAAAGGCGAAAGAGUAAAAGUGUGAGUGAAGAUUGUAAAAUUCGGAAUGGUGUGAGUUCGGAUAAUGAUUCAGGAACGGAAAAAAAUAAAUCGCCGGUUGCGGCUAGGAAAAAAAUUACAAAAGUGCAAGAGAAUACGUCGUGAUUGGUGAUAUUGACGGAAUUGAUUUGGUUGUAAUGAGGAUUUUAUGUAAUCUCGGGACGGGAGUACAGGUUUAAAAUGUGAAACGUAAUUCCUAUUGACUGUUAUUUGUAUGUUGGAAAAAGAGGAAGCAAAAAUGUUAAAUUAAUUUAAAUUAUCCAAGAGGAAAUAAAAAAAUAUUUUUUAUUG